UCAUUGUCCAUCCUUCAAUAAAAUGAAAUGGGUUCUGGGAGUCUUGAAUAAAUCAGCACUAGAUGCAUAAUAGCUUGUUCUUAUGAAUUCAUGACCCUGUCGGAUUUUCCAGAAUUUUCACAAAACAUGGCAUUUCUGUUUAUCAGAUCAAAAAAAUAUUUAUUUGCCCUAUUCCUCUCAAUGUGCGCAAUUUUUAUCUUGUGGAAACUUGGGUUUAUAAACACAAAUUUAAAUUCUGUGCCCUCCAACCAUCUUGAAAUUUUCAAAGAUUCAUCUGGAAAGCCCUCUUUGCUUGAAUACCGACAUGGAAAUCCUAUUGAUCUUGCCAUCAUAUUUCGGCAUGGGAAAGAUAAAGAAAAACUUCAAAAUCACCUGCAUGUGGCAAUGGAUUCAAUUCUUGCCUACUCGUCUAUACCUGUACGCCUGCACAUUGUUACUGAUGAAGAAAGCUUUAAAGUUGCUUCAAGAAUCAUUGAUGCCUUGGUGAAGGUGCAUCAGAAGUCAUUUGAGGUGGUAUUUGUUUCAACGGAAAAAGUGAGGCUUUUGUCUGCUGAAGAAUCAACUCUUAGCCUUCUGCAGGAAUUCUUCACUAGCAGGUCUCAAGUCUACUACAGAGAUCCUCUCUUCUUCUUCUCUUUAUUUCUCUAUGACAUUUUACCAGGCCUGAAGAGAGUCAUCUUAAUGGAUAUUGAUGUUAGAUUUGAGGCGGACAUUGCUGAACUUGAGACGUACUUCUCGCGCUUUGAGAGCAGCCACGUGAUGGCCAUGACGCAUGAGUUGUCACCCGCAUACCUGCACGCCCUGGAGCGCUACAGGAAGGACAACCCACACACUAGACUGGGCAGUGCCAGCUCUGAGGGAGGAUUCCCUGGCUACAACAGCGGCAUUAUGCUUGUUGACAUUGAAAGGCUUAAGCAGUCCGCUGUCAUCAAAUCAUAUCUGGAGAGGUCAGUGCUGUAUGGCCGCAGUGACCACUACAAGUUCCGUGGAGAUCUAGGCGACCAGGAUCUGUACACAUUAAUAGCCUUCGACCACCCCGAGCUGUUCUACACGUUGCCCUGCCAAUGGAACAGGCAGCUCUGCCAGUGGUGGAGAGACAAGGGCUAUGCUCACAUCUUCGAUAGGUAUUUUGCAUGUUCUGGACGUAUUAAAGUCUAUCAUGGAAACUGUGGCAGUGUCAUGCCUUCUAAGGUGAAGGUGAAUUAGUUGUGUGCCGCAGUGAGUUACUACUACCCAAUUUAUUUUUUUUUUUGUAAGUCCUAUAAUCAGCCGUCUUACUUUCGCUGAAAUCUUCUAUAUUUCACACUUGCUCUCACAGGCUCAGUAAUAUUGCUCUUCCAUUCAAUUAUUUUCACCCUGUUGCUUUUGACCUGGUUUUUCUGCAAUACAAACCUUGUGAAUUUCUUUCGAUGUGAGGGAGAAAAUUUCUGUUGAGAAAAGUGAUGUGGUUUUUUAUUUGGUGAAUUUUUUAAUAGCCGUUUCAGUGAGUUUGAGAGGGAUAGUCUAUAUUUGUGGCUAUGAGAGGGAUAGUCUGCUGUAUCCUAGUUUGAAUGGUAUUAAGCUAUAUUGGUGUGUGGCAGAGAGAUACCGGUAGUAUUUCCAAAACUAUCCUCUAAUAGUAGAGUAUAGAUAGAGGGAUAGUUGGGUUUGUUGGAAUCCCUUGAGCAUCUCUAGCUGCACUGAGUUACAAGUUACCUCUUGAAUCCAUCGCGACAAACCUCGCAACAAUUUCCUGAGCAUUGUGUGUGUUGUGUGACGGUUGUAAACAGUGAGCCACACUGCACAUUCAAGUCCUAUUGAGGUUGCUGAUCGAUCAAAGAUUAUAUCCUGAUGAAUAUGUGGUGUUUUCAU